AUGCCAAACGAUGUUGAUAAAUCACUGCUAGACCGCCUUCAGGCUCUGCGAGGGACGAGAGCCCCGCCCGAGUCAACCGCCUCUCAACGACCAGAAAUUGACCUCAUCGAACGGAAGACUCAACCGAACAGAGACGAUGCGCUUGCUGCACGACUCAAGUCGCUGCGAAAGAAGGCAGAUUCCCCAGCUCAGCCAGCGCCAUCCAUCUCUGAGAAGCAGGCAAGUAUCAAGCCGAGCUUGGAGGCGGAAGAAGACGAGAUAGACUUUGGAACAGACGACCAGACUCUACAGGACCUGCUGAAAGAUGUCGACUCGGAAACGUCCUAUAUUUCACCAGCAACCGGACCCUCUGACGCCAAGGUCCGUGAGCUGUUGGAAGAGCUCUCGAGGGCUGUACCUCAAGACGACGCAAAGCACCCACACCCUAAAGAAGAUGACCGCGCCGAAGACUCUGACAACUCAGAUGGCGAAACAAUGAAAAAAGAGGCUGAUUCUCUCAUCGCCAGAUUCAGGGACGAGCUCGAGGUAGAAGCCAAACAUCCUCCAUCUUCACCCUCGUCGCCAACUUCGCCAGUGCAGGAGACGGACGAACCGCCACCAUCCAUAUCGCUGCCUGAAGUGCCGACCUCGGGGGAAGGCGCCGCCGCAUCUCCGUCCGGAGCCUCACUGGACGAUCUGACCACGCGACUUUCGGCCCUGCGGACAGACAGUAUCGGCAUGCCUGAUGUACCCACGUCCACACCUACCAAGAAGCCCAAACGACUCGUGUCCAAGACAAAGUACACAGAUGACGACGUCGAUGCCUGGUGUACCGUCUGUCUUGAAGAUGCCACUUUGCUCUGCAAGGGCUGUAGUGACGGAGGUGAUCCAUACUGCCGGAGGUGCUGGCGUGACAUGCACAUUGGUCCUGCUGCCGCCUUUGAUGACCGAGAUCACGUCGCCGUGGAAUUCAGUCGGAAGAAGAGGGAAAGGAAAGUCGCCUUGGGCGCGUAG